CUCCACAUUGAGCUCGAGUCUGGCCGCGCUCGCUAGUAGUGAGUGAGUGAGACAGAGCGCGCGUCGUAGUAAAGUGCGCACUACCAUGAAGUUCUGUUUGUAACUUAAUUGUAAUUACUUGCUCGACUGCGAGAGGAGGAAGCGAGGGUUUAUUGGGUUUCCUACGGCAUCCGCGGACAUUUAAAAGAGGAUUUUGCUCUGUCUCGGGGUCAAGAGCGAUGUCGUCCGCGGCGGUAGCUGCUUCGAGGAGGCAGUCGUGUUAUUUAUGUGACUUGCCCCGCAUGCCGUGGGCUAUGAUCUGGGAUUUUACCGAGCCCGUCUGCAGAGGAUGUGUGAACUACGAAGGAGCCGACAGGAUCGAGUUUGUCAUCGAAACGGCCAGGCAGCUCAAAAGAGCGCACGGGUUUCAGGAGGGCAGGUCGGCGGGACCGGGGAAACAGUUGCCGGGUAAGGACAUUCAGUCGCUGAAUCACGCACCGGGAGACCCGGGCUCGCGCCCACCUCAGCCCCUGGAUCGCUACCCGCUCUCCUCGGAGCGUCCGCCCAGACUGGGACCCGAGUAUCAGUCUGCACGGCAUGCGAACGGAUUCUCAAAACCGGACGAUCCGCCGGAGCUCAACCGCCAGAGUCCGAACCCGCGAAGGACUACCGGCGUUCUCCCCAAUCUCGUACCUUUGGUGAACGGCAGUAUGGCUCACGCGAUGAACGGCAGACCGCAGAUUUCGGGUCUCAGCCCCGCGGAGCUCGGCGGGAAUAAGCGGCCAGGCUCCGUCUCCAGCACGGAGCACGACAAGGACAAGCACAGACCCGACAGUAUGACACCGGAGAUCGGCGACAACCACAAGAACCGGGCGGAUGACUGGAUCAACAAGAACAAAACGGUCCGGGAUCUAAUGGCGCUCAAUCCGUACGACGGCAGAUUCAAGAAGGAGCACAUGCAACAACAGCGGGUCAUGUACGAAACCAGCGCGCCUGCAUCCAAAUCAGAUAGAGGCAAACAUCCCAAGAAUUUGAAGCGAAAAGCCUCACCAGAGCCGGACGGGGAAGGCGUCGGAGGAAAGAUAAACGGAGACGGGCAGCAGUGGCUCCCAGCGCCAGGAGACGGCUUGAAAAUGCCCCCAGUGCCACCACCCAGCUUCUCCUCCCCUCCGUCCACGAUAUCCCCGCACCCUCGCACCACCCCACCGGAGGCUGCGGCCGCCGGUGCUCAGAAUGGACCGUCUCCCAUGGUGGCACUCAUUUUGGCCGCAGACAACGCUGGGGGAAACAGCUCGCCGAAGGACGCCAACCAGGUCCACUCGACCACGCGCAGGAACAGCAGCAGCCCACUGUCGCCCAACCAGCGGCGGAUGGUGCAGAGGGAAGGCUCGGGCGCAGGGACGCCGCACGUACCUGGCAUGGAUCAGGUGCAUCCUCAGAGCAUCCCGGACUCGUCGGUUCCCAGCAGCGUUCCGCUGUGCUGCACGCUGUGCCAUGAGCGGUUGGAGGACACGCACUUUGUGCAGUGCCCUUCGGUGCCGUCGCACAAGUUUUGCUUCCCGUGCUCCCGGGAAAGCAUCAAACAGCAAGGCGCUACGGGAGAAGUGUACUGUCCGAGCGGGGAGAAAUGCCCGCUGGUGGGCUCGAACGUACCGUGGGCUUUCAUGCAAGGUGAAAUAGCCACGAUUCUCGCAGGAGACGUCAAAGUAAAAAAGGAGAGGGACCCUUGAUUUUGUUUUUUUCCAUUCACAUUUUUUGAAAAUAUUCCAAAAUAUUGGUCUAUAUAAAUAUAUAAAUAUGAAUAUCACAUGCAUACCAUCCAAACAGAAACUAACAGACUUGUAUAUAAUGGACAUAAGGGACGUGCAUACUUGGUAAACAUUGCUGUACAUUUUUUUGAUUACAUUGUGUUUCUAUAUUUUUUGAAGAUAAAAGGUAUGUACUCAUUACAAUGGACUACGUUCCUCUUUGUUGAUGUUUAAUAACGAUUUCUUGAUGUACUUUUAGCUAUGGUGGCAGUUCCUGUUAAACGUAGAAUGUGACUAAUGCAACUCUACGAGCACUUGGCAAACAAUGAAAAACGCUUCUAGCUGUACUUGUAUGCACUUGUUUAAAAAUUGCCAAAUACAUUUUCUGAUCUUGUAUUAACGUUGAGUCUCUGCUUGCUUUUUGGUAGGAUUGGUUUGGCUUGCCUCAGUGAGAUUUGAGAUUGCUGCGACAAGUGAUGAAGGGCAUAUGUCCAAUGUAUGUCCUCUUGGAGACGUGGUUUCAAUUUUAACCUGGUUAAACUUUAAAUUAAAGUCUUCCACGGUACAGUGCAAUUACAUUAGGACGUUCUGAGUAAUAAUAAUGAGCAGUACGUGGCUUACUUAAUAUGUCAUUUCUUCCUGGAGCGGCUUGUUGCUAUUGUAAUCUACAGCAAUAACAUGUAAUAGGGCACUGAAAGGUAAAUGAUUACCUCAAGUUACUCGGUCAUGUUUGGGUACAGUAUGUGGGAGUGCUUUGUGUACUCUGUACGGGGGCAGGAAAUUGCCUAGUCAGACAUGGGUGGAGUUGUUUGAAAGCAGAUGUGCAUUGACAAAUGCUGAAAAAUACUAUCUUCUGCAUACGUCACCUCAGUUACUCAAUGUAUAUUUCACUUACAUUUGAAAGCGGUUUAAAGCUUUUUCAAAGAAUAUCCUUGCAAAUUUAGGCUACAGUAAAUAAGGCAUCUUUUUAAGUGCAUGCAUCAUAUUUUUGCAGCAUAAUUUCAAUGUAAAGGCAUCUUUUAAAUGCAUGCAUCAUAUUUUGUUGCACUAUACCAAUGUUAAAAGCACCUUUUACAUGCAUGCGUCUGAUUUUGCGGCAUAAUAAACAUUUAAAGGUA